AUGGCGACGCGCGUCGCCGGCGCACCGCGCCCGCGCGUCGUCGCGCGCGCGUCGCGACGCGCGACCGUCGCGCGUUCGAGCGACGGCGCGUUCGACUGCGCGCACUGGCCGCGGUGCGCGGGAUGCGUCGACGUCGACGCGCCGCUGCGACCCGAGGCGGAGGCGCGCGCGCGCGCGUACUUUGCGUCGCUGGACGCGCGCGCGGGCGAGACGGGCGAGACGCGCGAGACGCACGAGACGUAUCGCGGACGCGCGACGCGAUGGCGCGUCAAGGCGAAGCUCGCGGCGCGCGCGCACGAGGGCGAGACGCGACUGGGGCUGUUCGCGCGAGGCUCGCACGCGCUGGAGCCCAUCGACGACGCGAGCGGGUGCGCGGUGUCGGCGAUCGCGGUCGAAAGAGCGAUGGCGCUGGUGCGAGAGGUGUGCGCGUCGAUGGAUGUGAAAGGGUACGACGAAACGACGGGGAACGGGGAGCUGCGGUACGCGCAAAUCGUGGCGCAGACGAGAACGGCGGGACAGUGGGACGCGGCGAAGGACGAAGACGCGCGAGCGGCGAUUUCGUUGGUGUGGAACGCGCGGAAGAUGACGCCGCGCGCGAUGGCGGUGUGCGAGGAAAUCGCGCGAAGGGGUGGAGAUUUCGUGCACGGGACGUGGGUGAACGCGCAAGACGCGCGAAAUAACGUGAUUUUUAACAACGACGGGUGGCACCACGCGACGGGCGAGCGAGAAACGCACUCGUACACGCCCAACGGUGCCAAGGUGUUUUAUCUGCCGGGAAGCUUCAUGCAAGCCAACGCGGAGGCGUACGGAGAGUUGCUCAAGCGCAUGCCGCGACACGUGCCGAAGAACGCGCGCGUCGUCGAGAUGUACGCCGGCGUCGGCGCCAUUGGUUUUUCGCUUCUGACGAACGACGCGCUCGGCGUGAAGAGCUUGCGAUGCGUGGAAUCGUCGAGCGCGGUCGCCGAAGCGUGGGAACGCACGCGUGGCGAGUUACCAGAAGAUUUGCGAGGUCGAGCAAGUUUGCAAGUCGAAAAGGCGGAGCGCAUCGCCGUCGAAUCGACGAAGGAUUGCGACGUUCUCAUCGUCGACCCGCCUCGAAAGGGACUCGACGCCAAGCUGCGCGCCGUGCUCACCGACGUCGAUGGUCUGAGCGAUGACUUGCAAACUUUGCUUUACGUGUCGUGCGGAUUUGAAUCAUUCAUGCGCGACUCGGACGAGUUAUUGGCGAGCGGCGUGUGGCAAAUCCGUCAUCACGAGAGCUUCGUGUUCUUCCCAGGCACGAAUCACAUCGAAAUCUUUGCCGUGUUUUCGCGCACGCCUUAUUAG